AUGACGGAGAAGCGCGCCUUCUCCGGCAAUCCGCUGUCCACCAACAAGCCCGUCAACAGCAAGGACGGCCAGGUCUCGCAGCGCAUCAAGAACUUCUUCCGCAUCAACAGCAGCGCCGACACGCGUAAACACUCGGACGAGGCCAAUGGCACCCACACUCCUAAGAGCGAGAAGACGGGCUCGCGCCAUUCCCGUUUCCUGCCACACAUGUCCCGCAAUCGCUCCACCACGGUGACAAGCGAGGGCAACCCGUUAGACGACGCCGUGUCACCGACCGCACACGCCAACCCCUACUUCCAGCACCAGGGCCCGCCCGCCCUCCGCCAUCACAACGAAGGUAGCGUGCCGUCCACCCCGCCUGAUACCCCAGAUGUACCAACCACCAAAGUAGAAGCCGUCAGUGGAGCGAACGACCAGGCCACCGCCGCCGGCAAAGAGGAAUUGGCAAGGAAACUGCGAAGGGUAGCGUCUGCACCCAAUGCACAGGGCCUCUUCUCCUCUGCCAAUUCCGCUGAACGGCCACAGACUGCAGAGCUCGCCAAGCAGCCUGUCCUGCUGCACCCCAAUUCCUCGACUCUCAGCAUGGUAGAGACUGUCCAGCAAGAUGGCGAUCGCUUGUCACCAGUAGACACUUCCAAGGGCAUCCCCACGCCCGGUCAGAUCCGUCAGUCGGUAGCUUUCCGGAGAACAUACAGCUCAAACUCGAUCAAGGUCCGCAACGUAGAAGUCGGGCCUGCCAGCUUCGACAAGAUCAAGCUAAUCGGCAAGGGCGAUGUUGGCAAGGUCUACUUGGUGCGAGAGAAGAAGUCCAGCAGAUUAUACGCCAUGAAGGUGCUGAGCAAGAAGGAGAUGAUUAAGCGUAACAAGAUCAAGCGUGCUCUCGCCGAGCAAGAAAUUCUAGCUACGAGCAACCACCCCUUUAUUGUUACUCUGUACCACUCGUUCCAGUCCGAAGACCACCUGUACCUCUGCAUGGAAUACUGCAGUGGCGGUGAGUUCUUCAGGGCUCUGCAGACCCGACCAAACAAGUGCGUCGAUGAGGAUGCGGCGCGCUUCUAUGCCGCCGAAGUCACGGCCGCGCUGGAAUACCUGCACUUGAUGGGCUUCAUAUACCGCGACCUGAAGCCAGAGAAUAUCCUGCUGCAUCAGUCCGGUCACAUCAUGUUGUCAGACUUUGAUUUGUCGAAACAGUCGGAACCUGGAGGUCGUCCUACCAUGAUUCUCAGCGGCCGCAAUGGCACUUCGUCGAGCAACCUACCUACGAUUGAUACAAAGUCGUGUAUCAACAACUUUCGUACAAAUUCGUUUGUAGGGACGGAGGAAUACAUUGCUCCUGAGGUAAUCAAGGGCUGUGGACACACCAGUGCUGUCGAUUGGUGGACGCUCGGUAUCUUGAUAUAUGAGAUGCUCUACGGAACAACCCCUUUCAAGGGUAAGAACCGUAAUGCGACUUUUGCCAAUAUUCUGAGGGAUGAGGUGCCAUUCCCCGAAGGAUCUGGUGCGCCACCAGUGUCCAACCUUUGCAAGUCCCUGGUCCGCAAGCUUCUGAUCAAGGACGAGACUCGACGUCUGGGAUCUCGCGCCGGUGCUUCCGAUAUCAAGACUGCGCCGUUCUUCCGCACUACACAAUGGGCGCUGCUACGCCACUCAAAACCUCCCAUCGUCCCUCACCAGGGUCACGGAAUUGAGACGCCCAACUUCAGGAAUGUCAAGGAGAGCCAGAGUGUCGACAUUGGAGCGUCACGGGUCAAGGGUGUACCACUGGACUCGGGCCUUGCGACUCCAAUGGGCGAGAUGGCGGAUCCGUUCGAGGAGUUCAAUAGUGUCACGCUACACCACGAUGGCGACGAUCACAACCACGCGGUCCAUGACCACGAGCAUCUCGCGCAACAGAAAUCGGGCUCAAGGUAG